UCUCUCUUGUAGCCAGGCGGACUCUUCAUCAGUCAGUCUCAGAGGGGUGACCCAGGAUAGGCUCAGGCUGCUCCCUCUUAGCGCACAGCUCUGCUGCUGACAGUUGACAGCUGACUGACGGAGAUGAGCUGCAGGAGAGGAAAGAGGGAAGAGCCCAGGUCUGUUUUCCUGUGAGAGAGUCUCUGCAGUCUUACUUCACCAAGACCAAAAGAUGAAGAAGUGCGACGUUCAAAACAAGGAAGUUGUUCCAGCAGCAGAGAGCGGCCUGCAGGCCCGGUGAGUGUCCCGGGAAUACUGAGCGGGGAUUCCCUGCUGGGAAUAUUAUCCAAGAUGCAAAAAUCUGCACGGAAGGGAUUUUAACCAAGGCGCCCCCCCCCCCCCCCCCACCCCCACCACCCUGCAGCAUCUGUUUGGCCCCUUUUAGUGUCUGUCUGCUUGUGUGUGAGUGUGUGUGAGUGAGUGUGUGUUCUCGCGCCGGAGUGUGCCACUGUGAGCAGGACUAUGAGUCUGGUCUCGGGCUACCCUCACCACCCGAUCAUGCACCACCACGACAGCCACCACUAUUCGCUGCACGCGGCGGCCGGACGGUGCCACGAGGACAGCGGUGCCCCUCCGUACUUCACGAGCUGGCUGAUCAGCCACGCGGACAUGUCCCCCACAGACUACAGCCUCGCGCCGGGCUACAGCCCGGAGUAUCACACCAACAGCGGGGGCGACUCCUCAGGCGGCCUGGACGCGCGCCAUCACCACCACUACGGACCGGGGAACCACCUCCUCCCGGGUCCCGGGACCAUCUCGGUGAACGGAGCCACGGUCGGCAUGCAUCACCACCAUCACCACGCGCACCCCCGCACCAUUAAGCGGAGACCCACCGCAAAUCGCAAGGAGAGGCGGCGGACCCAAAGCAUCAACUCGGCCUUCGCGGAGCUCAGGGAGUGCAUCCCCAACGUACCGGCAGACACCAAGCUGUCCAAGAUCAAGACUCUGCGGCUGGCCACCAGCUACAUCUCCUACCUGAUGGACAUCCUGGACAAGGACGGCCAGCACGGAGACACGCAGGCGUUUAAAGCCGAACUGAAAAAAACGGAGGCCCGGGAUGAACGCAGGAAAAGAGAGACGGUAAGGCAGCCAAAGGUCCCCGCUAUCAUUACACUAGUUAAAGAAAAACACAAUCUAAGAUUUAAAAUCUCAUGACGCACUGAAAACUGC